UUAUCUCCCAAUCCCUUCAUGUAUUAACUUCUAUCAUUCUUGCAUGCACACACCAAAUUACAUUCUUACCACCCUUUUACUCAAAGUACAUAAUUUUAGCAAUUAUAAGUUUCAUUAAUUCUAACAAGUAUGGCUUCUUCAUCAUCUUCUUCUUCCAAAAGACACCCAACAUACCACGGAAUUAGGAGCCGAGGAGGAAAAUGGGUGACUGAAAUCCGCGAGCCUCGUAAGACCAACCGCAUAUGGCUAGGCACAUUCCCUACCCCUGAGAUGGCAGCCGCGGCUUAUGAUGUCGCGACUUUGGCCCUCAAAGGCGGGGAUGCUGUUCUAAACUUCCCUAAUUCAGCUAGCAAGUACCCGGUGCCUGCGUCUAAUUCACCAGAUGAUAUCCGCAGUGCUGCCACAGCUGCAGCUGAGUUAACGGCGGCUGAAGCCGUUAAUAAUGAUGCUGGCUUAAAUGGUAGGCCUUGGUAUGAAACUGAGUUUCUUGAUGAAGAAGCUAUAUUCUCAAUGCCAAGAUUGAUGGUAGAAAUGGCUGAGGGUAUGUUGCUUUCUCCUCCCAGAAUGAAUCCACCACCGUCUGAGUACUUGCCUGAAUACUACACUUCGGGAGAAAGUUUGUGGAGCUACUAUUGAUCUCUCCAUCUAUAUAUAAAAUAUAUCAUAUAAUUAUAUUUAUAAGCUCGAUCUUUUUUCUUUCCUAAUCCUAGAAACCAAUCAAAGUAAUUAAAUUAUUAUAUAUAUAAUGGAGUAGGAAAAUGCAUGUAUGAUUAAUGAUGUUCAAAUAGUAUUUAAGUUAUAUUUCUAAGUUCUUAAUUUAAUUUUGUUAUUUUUAUAGUAUAUGCCUGAUUAAUGAUGUUCAAAGUAAAGUGUGUAAGUAAAGUGUACCCGACAAAAAGUAGAAGCUUGAGACAAAAAGAUCAAACUGUGAACACCAAGACAAAGCAAAUUACUAUAAUGGAUAUGCAUAUAUAGAGAAGACUAUCGAUUGCGAUGCAAAUGUUAUCAAAAGCGUGUUGGUUGCGGAAUGAUAAUAUAUGUACUGAAGCAACGUUUUAUUUUUGACUUUUA